CGACCAAGUGAUGAUGCGGAUCGCGGUCGUUGGCGACGCCUUUGUGGACGUGCUUGCGGGCAUCGACGCGUUGCCGCAGUGGGGCCAGGACACGCCCUGUGCGGAGGCCAUCCAGAUGCAGCCCGGCGGCUCGGCCCUCAACACGGCCACGCAGCUCGCCAACCUCGGCGGCUCGGCGGUGGCGUAUUUCAGCGCCAUGGGGGCCGAUGGCUUUGGCGACAUGUUGGCUCUGCACUUGGCCAAGCACAACGUCAAGUCCUUUGCGCCGCAGCUCGCCUCGCACCCGACCGGCGUUUGCAUCGUGCUCACGGGCCAAGGCGACCGCGCGUUCGUGACGCACUACGGCGCAGCCCACGCCUUUGCCAAGCAGCACAUCCCCAUGGACCGCCUUCUCGAAGCGCAGCAUAUCCAUGUUGGCGGGUUCUACAGCUGCAUUGGACUCUUGCCGGACCUCGCGUGUAUCCUCGAGGCCGCCAAAGUCAAGGGAAUCACGAUAUCGCUCGACACCAAUUACGAUGGUUCCGAAGCGUGGACGCAGCUCGAUGCUAUUUUGCCGCUCCUCGAUGUGUUUCUACCCAACGAAGUGGAAGCCAUGAAGAUCUCCAAGACAUCGUCGGUUGACGCCGCACUCGACUACUUUGCGUCCCUCCCGAAUGGCCCCAAGCUCACCGUCAUCAAGGUCGGCAGCGACGGCGCCCGUGCGAUCACGGGCCAGACCAAGACGGUCUGGCACCAUCCGUGCUUUCCGACGACGCUCCUCGACGCCACGGGUGCCGGCGACGCGUUCAACGCCGGAUUUCUGCAUGCGUGGACCGCCGAUGCGUCGGACGUUCACCGUGCGCUGCGCUACGGCUGCGCGCUUGGCUCUGCCUGCGUGAGCCGCCUCGGUGCGUGCACGCAACUGCCGUCGCCAGAGACCAUUCACGCCCAAGUCCAAUUGCGCUAAAGAUGUCUUGAGGAAGCGAGAACCAAAAGAGGAUGGCUCGAUCUGCGAGAUAUGUUAACGGCUUCGACUCGUACGCAUCCUAGAAGAAGGCGUUCUUUAUACAAUUUUGCACGACC